UUGGAAACCGACCUGACGCAAGUAUAGUUACUUUGGUUGUAUAUUGUACAUUGAUGUCAUUUUAUAAUUAAAACAAACAAAAAGAUCAAAAAUUUGAAAUGCUAUAAUAUAAGUAUCAAGAUCAACAAGAUGGCAACAUUACCUGAAGAAUCGUGUCAAGCAGGUGAUCCUCUUGACACAUUGGAGAUGAAACCAACAAUGGCACAGGUACAGGCAAAACCAUCUGUGAUGCUCCCCGAUGCAAAGUCCAAGCACGCAGAUCUAGAUUUAUUGGAUACGUCAUCGCCGCACGGGGAACAUCUCCAAAACGAUCAACGACAGCGGUCGCAGGAUCCCAUCUAUAUAGACGACAUACCUGAGCCUAUUAAAGUACUUGACGAUAUUAUAUCGGAGUUCGAUGAGGCAACUACAAAACCGGUUACCUUGAAUAGCAAUAGUGGGGAGAAUCAGUCAGAGGACGACGGUUAUAUGAGUCUCAGUCGAAAAAACAUGUCAAAAAAAAAUUCAGAGGAUGUGCCACAAACUCCAAGCACAGAUACAGUGCCCGAGGGCAGUUUCAACGAAGUUGACAGCACAAUUGAAAAUAUAAGUAAAUUAUCAGAGUCAUCGAAAAGUCGGGAAUCCACGCCUAGACUUAUACAAACAACGCUGCCCAAGGUGCGUAGUUCUAACUCAACGCCAGCAACCAACUCCAAGUACUCAAGUCUGCCCUGCUGCAAUGCUAAAACAUCAAAUUUUAACAUCAGUUUGUCAAAAAAUUCUUCAAGAUUAUUAGCCUCCAUUCAGGUAGGCGGCUGUAAUGCGGAGAGGAAUGCUCUCGGCAUUGACAUCAGUGCCGUACAUAACGCUGUACUACGAGGCAACCUAGCUAAAUUGCCGGAGCCGAUUUUAAACGAGCAUCCGGUGACUAUUUACCCAGGGCCAUCUGCGAAAGCCAGUGGUGAAAGCGCACGCGGCCAUAGGCUACUAAUCUCUGUUGAGAGACAAAAAGUUUGUCAUAUACCAAACCCACAUUCUACAUCAACUUCCGGGUCUCAGCACACUUCAAGUGGAGAGGCCUCUCCAGCUUCAUCGAAUAAUAAUAUGGCUACUUCAAAAUAUGAACAAGUCCAGGACGACUAUUCUGAAGACUCACUGGAGGAGUCCACAAUUUCUACAGAAAUAAUACCGGCCAAACAAAAUGGUGUCGCUUGGGAAAUUCAAUUUAAAAGCAAUAAGAAAAGUACAUCGAAAAAGUUGGGCCAUAAGGAGAACCUCCAACCCGAUUUUAAAAAUUUGUUCAACCCCAAUGAGAGUAUGUUAGGAAAGGGUACCUUUGUCAUUCGCCGAUCUAUUGCCAAAAAGUCCUCUCAUUCCGCUGAUAUUUUUAUUAUGCCAAAGUCGCCACGCCCAUCUCAGAGCGCAGGAGCAAUCAGUAACGAGUUUUACAAUAGUGACAGCGAGCCAAGCGAAUCUGCUUUAUUGCCACCGGUGCAAACACCUUGCGAUACAAGCUUCAUGUAUAAAGAGUGCAAUACAACUACGUCACAUAAUCGACGUUGUAUAGAAAUUCCCGUAACACACCGGGCAGCACUAUCCCUGGAUAUUGCUACAGAGGCUACAGAACAUUUGAGCAACAAGCCCAUGAAGAGUAAAACGGCAAUGCUUACCGAAAAAAGGCUCAGCGCCGAGUCAAUGCCGGACCACACCCCAAGUAGUGGAGAGUUCGAUGAGGAACGUCUUAAUGGCUUUGAUUUAUUCACCUACAAUGUCGACGAUCAACGUAUCUCGAACGCGACAACUCCUCACACAGACCUUGCGCCUACUUUAGAGGAGGACGAAGAGCUAUCAGACUUUAGCUAUGGUUGCGCUCCACUAAAGCAGAUCGAGCAAAACAUAAGCGCUCUCCUGCGCGGCGAUUUACCAAUAAUAAGUCAGAGUGGACCUAUAAAUGGAACAGCUGCACAGUCGGAUGCCAAACGACUACUAGAAUUUCGCCCAGGGGUCCAUAAAUCAGAGAGCGGUAAAGAGAUGCUAUUGUCACAAAGUAUAGGUCUUGGGCCUCUGCCACCAUCGCCACCCAGCUCAAAUCCUGAUUUAUUCGAUUACGAUGCGCCACUUCCACCCUCACCAGUAGAGCCUUCGAAAACAACAGAUCUAACGAGAUCUGCGUGUGUACUAACAACGACUUCGGCAGCAACGGGCAUUCGUGGAACCACAGUUGCCGAGGUGCAUGCCACAGCUUGCGGAGCAACGGUGCAUAGCAAUAGCCAAAAGAGACGCAGUAAUGAAAAUGUCACCGCAGUGCGUCAUUUCAACGAUGAGCUGCCACAACCACCGGCACCGUCUCAUCAAUCCACUGGCUUCCCUGAAGGAUUACCCGGACUAUCAGGACUUUCGAUAGCGCCAGCGGUGCCACCACAUCGAGCCGGCCAAUGUUCGGCCAAUAUGCUAAAAUCGCGAAGCAUUGACUCACAGUACCGCAAAAGAUCACCAAAGGUAUUUAGCUAUAGCAGCGGCAGCGGUAUUACCACACCAACGGGUUUAGGUCACCUGCCACCGUCACUUUCUCAGCCACCCAUGUGCACAGCAAGUUCGUGCGAGGGUGGGUCUGUCCCUGGUACGGGCUCUUACCAACGGAAGUAUAUUAACUAUAGUACCAAACGCAGCUUAAAACAGUCGCCUCGCGAGGAACAUCGUUUGCAAACAUCAUGCAGUCUUCCUGAAACGCCAAUAUUUUCCAGAGGCUGUGACAUUCCACGCACUCCAUAUCGACGACAAAAUGAUCCUGCUCCUGCUAGCGGGUCCCGUACGGCACCAAGGUCAAGCACAUCGAAUAGCAUUAGUAUGGGAAAUUCCAUUAUGGGAAUAGGAGCUGGAUCAUAUGGUACAUCCCAAAUAUGUCGACAACGUUCAAUGAACCACGCUUUAGCCUCCAAUGAAAUGCUCCGCAUGACUGGAGCUCCUGCGAGAGGCUGGUACCCCAAACAGCGUAGCAUGCGACCUGCCUCUACUGAAAAUAUUGAUCGCUUGGCCUCAGUUCGUGUCUGGGAUAAUCCGAUAGGCAUGUCCGGCACUGGACAAUCACGUAAGCCUCUUACUCUACCACCAAAUCUAACACCAUCGUUUUUAAAUAAAUCGCCUCGUGAAGCACUGCGACGUGUUACUAGUUUGCUGAUCACAAAAAAGAAGCAAAACAAGGAUCGGAAACACAAGGCCUAUAGCGAACAAGCAAUGGAUGAGAGCAAUAGCAAGCAUGCGUACGAAUUUGAAUCUGUAGAUUCCGGUUAUAGCGAUUUUCAAGGGAGCGACGAUUUUACGUCGUUAUACCCGGAAGACGCACUAACCGAAAGGAGCAAAACAAAUCUUUGUUUUGUUUUUUUUAUGGUUGCCAUGUUCGUAAUAGGGUUUUAAGAUAAAACAAAUUAAAUUUAAAAAAAAAAACAAAAAAAAUUGAUAAAUUUCAUUUAAUAUCAUCGUUUUUCCAUAAUAAAUCGUAUACCUGCAUAAUCCUUAGCAUAAGCUAAGGCGUCAGCUAAAAUUAACAGAGAGUAGUGAAAAUAUAAGAACCUUCCUGUCACUCCUACGAACACAAGCAAGAGAUCACUGUUAAAUACAUACAUACAUUUCUAACAGCGUCGUUUGAUGCUUAAAUUUUUUGGCAUUAUUUCGCUGAUUUUUUUUUUCGUCGCAAUAUCCGGUUGAAUUCUGAAAAAUUUCGUCGGUAUAAGCGGUUAGUCGCUAAAAGCGGAGACGUUCUAACCGGAGGCCCUUUCAUAUAAGUUUGUAUAGGGAGUUUUCGUCGUAAUAACCAGUCGGACACUAUAAGCGGAGUCGUUAUAACCGGAUUCUACUUUAUAAUAUUUAUCCCUUCUACUGUUUAAGUAGCGGGUUAUUAAAACUUUAUGCAUGCUGGGAAUGUACGUAUCAGGCAAAAGGUGUAACCUCCGACCCCAUAAAGUAUAUGUAUACGAGGGUUGCUAUUUAUAUUUCUGGCCUAAUAAUGAAAAUGCGAAUAUUUAUAAAAAAAAAAUGGAUUUAUUGUUUGUCACAGUAUUCUCCAGCAAGAUUUAAAUACUUUUGAAUGCCCUCAAAUCAAUUGUCGAAGCACUUUUUCCACUCUGAUUGAGGCACCUCCAAAACAUGGUUUUUGAACACUUUAACAGCAUCUUCUGACAUCGAAAAUCAAUGACCACGCCUUUUUUCGAUGAUGUGCGGGUAUAAAAAGAAGUCAAGUCAGGGCUGUACGGCGGAUGACCCAUGAAUUCCACGUUUUGACCGCAAAAAAAGGCGCGGGUUUGAGCUGGUGUGUGGGAGUUCGCGUUGUCAUGGUGCGGAAUGAUCCAUCUUUUCUUGUUCGUUUUUCGAAUUUCUACAAGGAGUUCAGGCUUACAAAUUAUGGUGUACCACUCAGAAUUGACCGUCCUACAUUGCUCAAGCGAAACAGUCGCCACAUGACCAGUUUUACCGAAGAAACAGGCGACCAUUUGCUGAAUAGUGCUUCCUCCACGAACAAGGUUCGUUGGAUUUGGCUCGUCUUCAAAGACCCACACGGUCGAUUGCUGUUUUGUUUUGGGCUCAUAACCAUAGAUCCAUGAUUCGUCACCUGUGACCAUCUUAUAAAUGUCUUUUGAAGCACAGGGAAUGUAUUUUUUCAAAAUUUCUUUGAACCAAUCCACACAAGCCUUUUUUUGAGCAAUCGUUAAAUUGUGCGGGAUCCAAUGAGAACAAUCCUUUUUUACGACCAGGUGUUUAUGCAAUAUCGAAUGUAUUCUGGUGGAAGAAAUGUCAAAGGAUGCCUCUAUCUCACGAUAUGUCACAUGUCGAUCUAGCAUUAUCAGUUCACGCACGGCAUCAAUGUUUUCUGGCCCAACGUCCGUUUUUGGACGACCUUCACAACCUUCGUCUUCUAGCGAGCAUCGGCCACGAUAGAAUCCAUUAAACCAGUAUUUCACAGGGCUAUAGGAUGGCACUUCAUCGCCUUAUAAAGAUUUAAGUUCAUCGGUGCACUCGUGUCGUAAUAAUCCAAGUCGAAAGUUGUGAAAAAUUUUUGCUCAAAAGUGUUCACGAGUUAAUUCGAUUUUUCUGCCGAGGUAAGUUUUUGAUUAAUCGUUUAUCGAUAUCAAACGUGCUCGUACAUGAACAAGUUGUAUGGAGCUUUUAUUGAUAAAAGUCCAAACUUUUUUUGGGAAAUAGCCAAUUGGUCCUAAUAUGGCUAGAAGUGACCUAGGCCAGAAACUUAAAUAGCAACCCUCGUAUUCUUUAUCAGUCGAGACGAUAUAGCUAUGUUUGUCUGUCCGUAAGAUCUGAGCAAAUAUUUUUGCCAUAACAAUUUCCGACCCUGUAAAUAGGAAAAAAACGAAUAGAAAGCUUUGGCUUGAAGGUCAUGAUUUUUGGAACAUAUGUACAUAAGACUACAGUCUUUAUGAUUCCUGAAAAUUUGGUUGCUAUUAUUUUGUAUUGAUUAUAAUUGUACACGUUAAUUUAAGAAAUACUUUUAUCUAUACUUUUUGUUAAAGCAACGACUCGAUUGCAAUUUUUUCCAUAAAUGGCAAACGGGUUUGAUGCUUUGAAUGAAAGCCUGGUAUAUUUUAAUCGGUGGUAUAUUUUGAAUUUAAAUUUAUUUGAGAUAUUUGUUAAAUAUGGUUUUAUUGUGAAGGGUUUGUUUUUUAUUGCAAGAAUCGAAUUAAUUCCUUAGGUUCAGGUACUACCGACAUCACUGCACAAGUUGAGUUUUUCUUCAACAGAAUAUAACUUAACUAACUUCCGAAAUUACUACUUUCUGUUUUUGUCAACUUCUUUAUUAAUACUAAUUAUUCUAGUCUCAACGCGAAUAGACACCAAAAAUCGUAAGGACACCGCAUCCGCAGUCGUCAAUGUCGGCACCACACCCAAAGCAAAAAAAAAGGGUUUGUUCAA